CCUAUAUAUAAGUUUAGAUCACCCGGUGGGAGGGUGCCAUGAUGACUUGGAUGGCCCUACGUGGGUGUUGGACACCGUGAAGUUCUUGAAGCUCAGACGGGCGACGAGCGCCUGUAGUCUUCAUCGCCUUCGCGUGGAGAGGAGGCUAAAGCAAGCUCCAAUCCAGCAAGCUUGCGCCGAUAGCCUUCGAACGACUCUCCAAAACAACCGUGCAGCGGCGCCUUGCCUUUGGCUGCACAGCCAAAAGACCAUCCAAUCACUUGGGCCACAAGUUGAUCAACUGCGUUCCGAAGCGUCUCGCAAUGAGCCCAAAACUCUUCAAUGGCGCGGCUGGAUCUUGCGGCUCAUUGACCUUCUUCUUGGACUUCUUUUUGGGCUUCGGCAUUCCUCCAUCCGCUCACGAGCAAGCCUGGAGAGUGGCCGAGAAGCAGGCAUCGCUCCGACGGCAAGCGGUCCGCCCUCAGCAGUCCUCCUGAAUUUCCUUCGUCAGCUUUUGCUUUUGAGUUUGAUGCUUGUGAGUGCGUGAGCACUUUGAUUCGAGGUUUUGCGCGUGUGCACUUCAGUUUGCAGUUUUGUGCAUGUAAACUUUGUUUAGAUGCAUUGCAGAAUUUUGACUUUCGUGCAUUCGUGUGCAAGUGCACCAAAUUUUGUUUGAUUGCAUUGUGACCGUUCGUUCAAUGCAUGAUAUAUCGAAUCGCUCACUUCGUUCUCGAUUCGAAGGUUGUUCAAAAGUGAGGGACCUGAGAGAACCCGUUUGGAGCAGUUCGUUGAGAGCUCACCGCUCUACAGAUGCAAUUUUGUGUUUGAAAGGUUUUCGAAUAGUUCAGAAACUUGAGAAGAACCACUCAUUCCAUUCGUGGUUCAAUCCAUUUUGAGCUCAGUCGUAUAGCACGACUAUUGUGGUUGAAUCCACUGUGCAUUGUUCGGUUAGGUAACCACCAAAAGUACAUCGACAGUUCGUUCGACGAUUGCGAGUGCGAGGUGGAUUACAUCCUUACGAUGCAUGCCAAAAUUUGGCUCAAGAAUGGCUCGUGUGAAAGAGGAG